CGUUUUGUUUGUCCGUCCGUCCACCGCGCGUCGCCGUCGGUUACGGUGCACUGUGCGCCCGUGUCCCCGUACCCCGUGGUCUCUUGUCUUGUGUGCGAGCCGCCGGAGGAGGACUGCAUUCCUCGCGUUCACGUACUGUGCGCUCUGUGUAUUGUUGUAAUCGUUGUAAUCAUAGUAUUUUGUUAUCGUCGCCUUUGCCGUACGUUACUAGUGCUUUUUGCGUUAGUGUUUUUUAAAAAAAAAAUUCUGAAGUUAAAUUAUAAUACCUAAUUUGUUUCCGUCGGAAAAAUACCGUUAUUAUCAUUUUUUUUAAAUUGUUUAUAUUAUUUUUUAUCCGUGAUAUGACAGUUCGGGGUCGGGUGCAGUGCGAAAAGGCCGUUGCCGGCCAUGGCUUUUGAACAGCCGCCGGUGCAACAGGUGUGCGCGGUCGCCGGUAGCCUUUGUGCACCCGUUUUUCUUUUGCCGCAGCCGUUUAUGCUUUUUUUAGUCGGUUAAAUUUUUUUUGUUUCGUUAUUAUUUCGAACAGUUUGAUACUUACCGAAGUGUCGUUUUCGCGGCCUUCUCCUGUGGCUAAAAUGGAAGAAGAAGAAAGAUACCGCAAAUGUCGGGAUUACCACUUUCCAGCAGCAAUAAUUGUUCUCCUGUUGUUGGCCGUAUUCAUCAGUUCCUCAGACUGCCAAUCCCUUCAACCACCACGGUUUAUAACGCAACCGUCGUCCACCAAGAAUCUGGUCAGCGAAGGACAGACAAAAAUGCUACAAUGUCAAGCUCUUGGUUAUCCGGCUCCCGUUUAUAAAUGGCUAAAGGACGGCAAAGAACUUGGAGACUUCUCUACCGACCAAACUUAUCGAAUGCUGAACACAAAACUCGACGACGUCGGAACUUACCAGUGUGUGGCAAAAAACGAUGUCGGGUCGAUUUUGUCUCAGAAAAUCGAUAUCAACAUUGCUUACAUGGACAACUUUAUGGAAAUAACCGACCCCAUAGUCAGAGUGGAAAAAGGUCAUGCGGCUAUUUUGGACUGUCCGCCAAUUAAGAGCUACCCACCGCCUUUGGUGCAAUGGCAGACGGACGAUGGCACUCAGCUGUACGACAUCAAGUACGCGCUGGUGGCGGAAUUACAUCAAUUGGUCGUGUUAGCGGCUUCCGACCAGGACCAAAAAGCAUACAGGGUGAGAGCGACGAAUCCUCAACUGGGAAAAGAGGAGAACAGCAAGUUCCUGAGGAUCGAGAUCACCGGCGGGUCGCAUAACGGAGACGUGGCGCCUUACUUCGUGGUCAAGCCCAAGGAGAAGCACGUGGUCAAAGGCCACAAGACCACCGAACUGCAGUGCAUCGCCAACGCCAGGCCCAUACACGAGCUGGAAACGUUAUGGUUCAAAGACGGUAUACCCAUCGAAAACACCAACGGCAUAGUGUUCGCCUACAACGACCCGUGGAACCGGACCCUGUCGCUGAUCAACGCCAACCUGAUGCACACGGGUCGCUAUACCUGUCAGGUGCGGUUCCGGUCCGGAGGGUACGCGCCCAUUUCCGCCGAAGCCGACGUUUUCGUUUUGGAACCUCCCACGUUCGUGGGCAAUCUGAGGUUGGAGACGUUGGGCGAGUACGGGUCUACGGUGCGCAUUGCCUGCGACACCAUUGGCGUCCCUCAACCGAAAAUAACGUGGUAUCGCAACGCCGAAAGCAUUGGCCAAAACAACAGGUACACAGUCGAAGAGGACGGUACGUUAGUGAUAAAAAAACUCAACAUCGAAGACUCCGGCAUGUUCCAAUGCGAAUCGGUCAACGAAGCCGGGUCGGAUUACAUUAGCACGUGGUUGAAAGUGAAAACGACCGGUCCUAUGAUCGAAAACGAACCUCAAAACUCGACCGUGCUGGAAGGAAACGAAGUUAUAUUGUCUUGUAGAGUGAUCGGUGCGCCCAAACCCAACACGACUUGGAUCUUUGCCGAUUCUUACGUAGCUCCAAAUGAGAGAAUGCGUAUUUUGGAUCAAGGAGAUUUGUUUAUAUCGUCAACUCGAGUCCAAGACACUGGCAAAUACACAUGUGUACGAUCGAACGAAGCCGGCUCAGUACAUUUAAGCGCUUAUGUCAAAGUUCUAGGAAAGACCACGAUAGUAGAGCCGCCAACUGACACGAGAGUUUUAUUGGGACAGACUUCCAUAAUGAAGUGUAGAGUGUCGAGUGAUCCUACAGUGGUUUAUCAAAUUGACUGGUUUCAUAAUAACAAGAGCAUUGGAGCUGGCAACGGAAGGAUCAAAGUGUCUGCGGACGGUACAUUAGAAAUAGGAGUAGUGCGAGCGAGUGAUGCCGGGGAUUACACGUGUUCAGUGUCAUCUGCUGGCGGCGACGAAAGGAGACAUGCUUAUUUGAGUAUACUCGAAUUGCCGUAUCCGCCCAAUGUGGUUCAAGCCGAACGUGUCGGAUCCAGAUCGGUAAAUGUCACAUGGACAGUUGGUUUUGAUGGCAACAGCCCUAUACUGAAGUAUAUCAUACAGAAACGACAACUUGAAACCCAAUCCUUGCUAGAUCCACUUGUUGAUUGGGUAACUGAACUCGCAAACAUAUCGGCCAAUGCUCGGUAUGUUGUUUUGGAAAAUUUGAAGGCGGCCAACACGUAUCAGUUCAGAAUCAGCGCUAUGAACGCCAUUGGAGAAGGGACGCCGUCUCAACCUAGCAAUUUUGUAACACUGCCACAACAAGCGCCUUCUGGUCCGCCUUUGGGAUUUGUCGGAUCGGCCAGAUCGAGUUCUGAAAUUAUUACUCAGUGGCAACCCCCAUUAGAAGAACACCAUAAUGGUCAGAUUUUGGGGUACAUUAUAAGGUAUAGAUUGCACGGAUACAACUAUAGUCCUUGGACUAUUCACAAUGUUACCAGCAGCGCUCAACAUCACUAUUUAAUCCAAGAGCUAAUCACGUGGAAAGAUUACGUUCUCCAAGUAGCCGCAUACAACAAUAAAGGAGUGGGCGUAUUCAGUGACGGCAUUCGUAUUAAAACCAAAGAAGGAAUACCCGAAGCUGCUCCAUUAGAAGUGGUCGCAAGGCCAUUAAACAGUACGUCAGUUCAAGUCUGGUGGAAACCACCAGAUCCGCAAAAAAUUAAUGGUAUCAAUCAAGGGUACAAACUGCAAGCGUGGAUCGGUGAACGGGUCGAACACGAAAUGACUGUGGCUCCUAGUCUGUUUGAUCCACUUGCUCAGCAGACGACAAAGUUUGUAAACCUACGGAAAUUCAUGGCAUAUAAUGUAACAGUGUUAUGUUUCACUGAUCCCGGUGACGGUCCGCUAAGUAGUCCUUCGUUGGUCGUCACACACGAAGAUGUUCCGGAUUUGGUUGGUAGUCUUCAUUUUGAAGAUGUUUCCGAUCGUUCAGUAACUGUUGUCUGGUCAGUGCCGGUCCAUACAAAUGGGCACUUGAUUGCAUACACUGUAUCGUAUUCCAUUCGCGAUCGACCUGAAACUGCUCAUUCUAUAAACACUACAUCGGAUGUGACUAGCAUCGUUGUGGACCAACUUCAAGCCACUACUCAUUAUAAAUUUGAAGUUUACGCUUGGACCAAGAUCGGACCGGGUCCAAGUCGAACGGCCACGAUUCAGUCUGGUAUUGAACCCGUCUUGCCGAAUCCACCUACCAAGUUAGCAAUAACAAAUAUUGAGCCGUUCUCUGUUGUUCUGCAAUUUACACCAGGAUUUGACGGCAACUCAUCUAUCACUAAAUGGGUUGUUGAGGCUCAAACGGCGAGAAACACUACUUGGUUUUCUGUUCACGAAGAGAGUAGUCCAGAUGCAACAACUCUAAAAGUCUUACAAUUGGUUCCUUAUACUUUGUACCGAUUAAGAAUCACUGCGUGGAACGUAGUCGGUGCUUCUGAACCUUCCGAUCCCACUAAAGAUUUCCAAACGAUACAAGCGCCCCCCGCACACGCUCCUUACAAUGUUACAGUUCGGGCUAUGUCGUCAACCGAACUCAGAGUCCGCUGGAUUCCUUUACAACAAAGUGAAUGGUUUGGUAAUGGGAAAGGAUACAACAUAACCUACAAGUUGACUAAUACUACCAUUACACAUACAGUUACCAUUGACGAUAUAACUUCCAACUCGUUUGUUUUGGAUUGUUUGCAAAAAUACACCCAAUACGAAAUAACUAUGAACGCAUUUAACGACGUCGGCUCUUCAGGUCCUAGUCUGCCGGCUUUCGAAAGAACUCGGGAGUCUGUUCCUUCUAUGGGACCCAUUAACGUUGUGGCAAAUGCAACAUCAUCAACAACUAUUGUUGUAAGCUGGGGUGACGUGCCCUCUGAACAUCGAAACGGAGUCAUCGAAGGAUUUAAAGUGUAUUACAAACCUGGAAUUCGAACUGUUUACCCGAUGCAAAUUAAAGAUAUUCCAAAAAAUUCAACGUUCACAACUACGUUGACUGAACUAAAAAAGUUUGUUCAGUACAGUAUACAAGUUCUGGCUUAUAGUCGGUUAGGUGAAGGCGUGCUGUCUACCCCUCCAGCUAGAGUUCAGACUCACGAAGAUGUACCCGGUACUCCAUCUAACGUCUCAUUCCCAGACGUUUCUUCAACAACUGCAAGAGUUAUUUGGGACGUUCCGGUAGAUCCUAACGGCGAAAUAUUGGCCUAUCGUAUCAAUUACCAAUUGCACAACAACAUGGAGUCCAACUUUUCGCAAGAAUUUCCCGCUUCUGUUAGAACUUACAAGGCAACUGAUCUUACGCCCGAUCAGUAUUACAUGUUCUCGGUCACGGCGCAAACACGUUUGGGUUGGGGUAAAAGCCAAUUCGCUCUUGUUUUUACAUCGAACAAUCGAGAAAUACCUCAAGCUCCUUCGUCACCCCAAAUUAGUCGUAGUCAAGUUCAAGCAACACAAAUUACAUUUAGUUGGACGCCAGGUAGAGAUGGCGAUGCGCCGUUGAGAUAUUAUACCGUCCAAAAAUCUGAAGAGGUUGGGCCGUGGACCACGAUUCCUGAACGCCUUGACCCUUCAGUCACUUCUUACACCGUUCAAGACUUGCGGCCGUUCACGUUAUACCGAUUCCGUAUUCAGGCGACCAACGAUAUUGGUCCGAGUAGUUUUAGCCAUGAAUCGCCUCAAGUCAGGACUCUACCUGCAUCACCAAGCCAUCAAGUCAAUAAAGUGCAUGUUGUUCCUAUUACCACAACAAGCGUUCAAGUUAGCUGGGGUCCGGUCGCUCCUCAAUACUGGAACGGAGACACCCACACUGGUGGUUACAAAGUAUUGUAUCAACCUGUCACCGACAUGCCCGUAGCGUUGCAAACUAUUCCAAGUCAAAUAAUCAUGGGAACCAAAGAGACGUCGCUUGUUAUUGGAGAUCUAGUUCGAGAUCGUACUUACGAUAUUAUCGUAGUGCCAUUUAACUCUCAAGGAAACGGGCCGGCUUCUACGCCCGUGCCUGUUUAUGUCGGUGAAGCCGUACCAACUGGCCAACCCAGAAGUGUUAGUGCGUUUGCAGUGUCAUCAACUGAAGUACGCUUGUCGUGGGAACACCCACAACAGAAUCAACAGAACGGAGACCUACUGGGCUACAAAAUAUUUUAUAUUGUUACUGAUUCACCAAAUGAACAUCGAGUCGAAGAAGAAACUGAAGUUGUGCCGGCUACGUACACUAGUCAUAGUUUGGUGUUUUUAGACAAGUACACCGAGUACAAAGUUCAAAUAUUAGCUUUUAAUCCGGCAGGAGACGGACCCAGAUCGGCUCCGGUCAUUGUUAGAACACAUCAAAAUCUCCCUGGUCCACCGACCGACCUUCAGUUUUCGGAGAUAACCAUGAACAGUCUCAAAGUGUCGUGGUUGCCGCCAAAACGCAUAAACGGCCAACUCUUAGGUUAUAUUGUCACGUAUGAAACCGCCGAACAAAACGAACGAUUUAGCAAACAAGUCAAACAGAAAGUCAAUCAAACGUGGCUUCUUGUCCAACCUUUAGAAGAAGAAGUCAUGUACACUUUCACGGUCAGAGCGCAAACGAUCGAUUUCGGUGUCGCUGUGAGGGGAAACGUUACGACAGGUCCUCAACCCGGUUCUCCGGCCAGUCCGCACAGUUUAUCGCUUGUUAGAACCGUAUCCAGUGUCGACUUAAAAUGGGUUAACGGCGCCGCUGGGAAUGGGCCGAUUCUCGGUUACUACGUGCAAAGUCGCCGUAAAGCCAUUCAAGACUGGGAACAUUAUGACACGCGUUGGGUAACGGUGACAAAGAGCAAUAACGGACCACUAGAUGAGUUCUCGGUGUCUUUUCAGAGUUUACUCCCGUCCACUUCGUAUUUGUUCAGAAUAGUAGCGUACAACGAACACGGUAUCAGUUAUCCCGCUUAUUCUGAAGAUGUUGUAUUAACGCCUUCGAAAUUGUACUUGGAGUACGGUUACUUGCAAAUGAAACCGUUCUACAGACAAACAUGGUUUAUGGUCGCUUUAGCCGCCGCAUCGUUGGUUGUGCUCAUCAUGGUCAUAGCCAUACUUUGUGUGAAAAGUAAAAGCUACAAAUAUAAACAAGAAGCGCAAAAAACUUUGGAAGAGUCUAUGGUCAUGGACAUUGACGACAGACAGCAAUUGGCUUUGGAACUGCAAAGAACGCGCAUGUCCAACAACAACACUCUUGGCCGGAUGUCCAUGCACAACACGUUGCACCAUUCGUUGCACAGACGCAAACCGCCCAUAGGGACGCUCGGCAAAUCUCCACCUAGGCCGUCGCCAGCUAGCGUUCCAUACCACAGUGACGACGACAGCGUCAAAGGUUACGACGAGAAUCCAGAUGACAGUUCAGUGACUGAAAAACCUUCAGAAAUUAGUUCGACAGACUCUCAAGGUUCCGAAAGUGAAAACGAGAGCGUCAGAUCAGAUCCGCAUUCGUUUGUCAAUCACUAUGCCAACGUAAACGAUUCGCUGAGACAGUCAUGGAAACGACAAAAACCCGUUAGGAAUUAUUCUAGUUAUACGGAUUCGGAACCUGAAGGCAGUGCCGUGAUGAGUCUCAAUGGCGGACAAAUUAUUAUGAAUAAUAUGGCCAGAUCACGUGCUCCCUUGCCGGGAUUCUCGUCGUUUGUAUGACGUAUUAACAACCAGUGCCAUCUUUACCAAUCCGUCCCGUGAUUUUUUUUAAACUUAUGUUAUUAUUUUUAAGAGUUUUUUUUUUUUUUAAUCAUGACUUUUCCAUCGGUCAUCUUGAUCCUAUUUCAAAAUUAUUUUAAUUGUUUUUUUUUAAAUAUGAAGUAUUAUUUUUUUCUCUCGUCUUUUACUAGACUGUUUUAAAAUUACUUAGCUCUGUUAUUUUUUAAUUUGAUCUCAAUCUGUAUUUCGAUUUAGAAAAAGUAUUUUUACUUGAUUUCAUGACAUCGAUUUGGGCUUGUUUACUACUCAUAAUGGUAAGACUGAGUCCGUUUUGAAGCUAGUGAUUUUUUUCUUGUUUUUCAUAGACAUUAUAUGCCUGAGACAAUUUUAAAUACGAAAACUUUGUUAUCGCGCUAAAUUAUUAUGUAAAUUUAGUUUAACUUUUUUAUAAGUAAUUCCCGGAAUUAUUUUUCUCUUGUUAAAAACAGGCUUUGCUGCUCCUGCGAUAAAUUAUAAUUUUUAAUUUAAAGGAUGCCAUAACGUAAAUUAUAAUUAUGAAAGUAUCUAUUACUUUUUUGUUUAUUUAUUUGUAAAUAACCAACACAGACUGAUCGAAUGAAUUUGAUAUUUUUUUACAUUCGCAAAAAGUUCUCGAUUUUGUGUUCAUUUCUAAUUUAGUUUUUUUUAUUUUUAUACAAAUCUUUUAUGUUUUACGAUGUGGCCCAAUAAUUAUAAUAUAAUACGAGUAUAAUUUCUUAGUUUUUUUUUUUGGAAAGGUCAGACGAAAAAGUUCUGAUCGUGUGCACAAGUGCAAAUAUUACGAUAAGUCAAUUAUCACAUUACUUUUCUAAUUUGUGCAUACUUUUAAUUAAAGCAUCGAAUGUCCAAAAGAUCUUUAAAAUGUGAUAUUUUUGAACUGUACUUUCGUUUUUUUCUCCAAUUUACUAAAUUGUUUUAAAUUGAAGAGUUCAAAGAAAAUAAAUCUAUAAUAUUUUGAUUCAUUUAUUUAGACGUUAUAUGUGUUGAUAUUUUUUUUUCAAAGAACUCAAAUCUUAAUUUGUCCUUAUUUAAUGAGAAAAAAACAAAAUUACAGGCCUUACAUUUUUAUUACAAUUUUUACCUCGCGUACUUCAAUAGUUUUCUUUAAAAUAUAUUUUUUUUCCCAUUUGAUUUUACAAUGUGAGUUACGAUAAUAUGACAUGUUUACACAGAAUUCAUAUGUACGUAACUGUCAAAUGAUCGUAGCCAAUCCAUGUAGCUUCAUUGCUCGAAACUGAACACUUUGUUUUAACAAGUGUGCGUGCAGUUAACAGAUUGUUGUUUAGUUUUGACCAAAAGUGUUAUUAAUGGCGGGGCCUAAUGGAUUCUAAUAGGUGGUUGGCGGCUUUGUUCUCAAACGGCAGUCUGCAUCAGUUUUUUUCCAAGCACAACAUUACUAUUUGUUUGCGAUUUUCAACAGGAUUAUCUAUUUUCUGGUUACGUACUUAAAAUAUUAAUUUAAGGUUUUAAAACUUUGAUAGAUAUCAUAGAGCUGAAUUAUUUAGGAGUUUGACUGAUUUUUUUUUUUUUAUUAUUAUUAACGAUUUAGAAAAUAUAUAAAAUAAAUUGUAGCGAAAAAAAUGAUAAGAUUGUUUUGUUCUAAAUUUAUUACGUUCCACAAAACGUGUUGAUAAUUGUAAUUUUCACUUCAUGUAUAUAUUUUUGACUUGUAAAGAGAACUCUUAAUUGUUUUAUAUAUUUUUGUAUGUAUAAAUAAAAUGUACACUUCAUUGUAUUGACCAAUUAUUAUUAAAU